AUGGCCGAGGUAAGACACAUCGAUGCAGAGAAAUUGACAGCGUCGGAGCGAACACGCCUUGCCUCUGCUGUCCACCGCAAACCCCGAUUCCUCAUUAUUGGUGCAGGCCGGCGUGGAACCGCCUAUGCGUCUGCUGUGGGACGAGAGAAACUACCAGCUAUCAUCGCUGCAGUUGCUGAUCCUAUCCGGUCAAAACGGACUUCGUUUGGGAAGAAAUAUAUUUGGAAGGACGAGGCACCACGGGAGGACCAAGAUUUCGAUUCGUGGCAGCAGUUUCUCAAAUACGAGAGGAGCCGACGAGAAGCUGAAGCUACCGGUGAGAAGGUAUAUGCUGGGGUUGACGGGAUCAUCCUUUGCACCCAGGACCAGACACACAAGGAGAUCCUGCAGGCGUUUGGUCCCUUGAGAUUGCACGUACUAUGUGAGAAGCCGAUUGCAACCACUCUUCGGGACUGCGAGGAUAUAUAUAUCAGCCUCGGCGGGGCUAAGAGUCCAGAGAAGAUCUUCUCGACCGGUCAUGUCCUACGAUACAGCCCGCAUAAUAUGCUUUUGAGGAAGCUCCUGCUGGAAGAUAGGGCGAUUGGGGAGCUCGUUUCGGUCGAGCAUACAGAGCCGGUCGGUUGGUUCCAUUUCUCACACUCUUAUGUACGAGGAAAUUGGCGCAAGGAGUCCACUUCCGCCCCAUCACUUCUUUGCAAGUCUUGUCAUGAUAUCGAUUUCAUAUUGUGGCUACUAUGCUACAAGACGGAUUUCGGCGAGCCGGUGCAUAUGCCUAGCCUGGUAUCAUCAAUGGGCAACCUAUCACUUUUCACCAAGCGUAGAAAACCGAAGGCAGCUGGAAAUGCUACUAAUUGCUUCUCAUGCUCUCACGAACAGAACUGCGACUGGAGUGCCAAAAAGAUGUAUGUCGAGAAGCUCUAUGACAAAGGAGACAGAGAUUUCCCGGUCGUUGUCGUCGUCCCGGAUAUUGAGGAAAUCAUUGCCAAAGAUGGGACGGAGCAUGGGCGUGCGGUACUGACUCAAGCUCUUUCUUCAGACUACAACGCCUCUACACCAACAGCCACGAUCGAGUCCAAGCAAUGGUAUGGUCGUUGCGUGUGGGAGUCCGACAACGAUGUACUUGAUGAUCAGAUUGUUACCCUGACCUGGGAUGAUGACUCUCGCUCUGUCAGUGGUAAGGAAUUUCCCGACCGCGGUCCCAAGACCGCAGUCUUCCACAUGGUCGCUUUUACAGAAGCACAGUGUGAGCGGCGAGGUAAGAUCUCGGGAACCCAUGGAGAAAUACAGUACAAUAGCAAGGAGAUUCGAGUCUACAAAUUCGACAAAUUCCUAAAACCAGAAGAGGUGAAGAUUUUCACACCUCCAAAGGCUGCGGGCGGUCAUGGCGGUGGUGAUGGUGGUCUGAUGAACGGUUUCUCAAAGGCCGUGGAGGCUUCCAUCAACGGUGAACUCAGCGUAGAGGAGGCGCAAGCAAAAUAUGUUGGCUGCACUUUAAAGGAGGCAUUUAUGAGCCAUGCUAUGGUCUUUGCUGCUGAAGAAGCUCGACUUGAGAGGAAAAUUGUUGAUUGGCAGGAUUGGUGGGCGAAGCUGGAGCAACGGCUCCUUUCCUAG